UCAAACAUAGUCGACGCUGCAGCACAAAUCACGUGAAAAGGAUCACGUGAGGAACAUUGUAUUUCUUCCUCAUCUGUGAGUCAAGAAAAUGACGACAGCUUUGACGCAAGGUUUGGAGAGAAUACCCGACCAGACGGGAUAUCUCGUGAUAAGCGAGGACGGUGUCCUGGCGUCCGCAGGUGAACUGGAGAAUGAUGAACACACUGCUGGAGUAAUAAUGCAGAUGGUGCGGACAGCUUGUCGCUUCCGAUUGCAUGGAGCUACAGAGCCACCCUUCAAACGCAUGUCAGUUAUGUUUGAGGACUACGUCUAUGCAGUGACCAUCUCUGGACAGAAAGUCUUUGUCGUAAAACGUCAAAACAAUCAGCGUGAGCCAGUGACUGUUUAGUGAUAAGACACAGACAGAGGAUGUGGACUUCACCCCUUGCUUUGAGAGUUAUAUUCACCUCCCUCGCUCACACUAAAGUUGUCAAAAAAACCCAAAACACUCUCAUACUCCUACAGAUCUGAGAUUGUGCCCUCACACAAAAAUGUGACUUGUACACACACUUGAAAGUGAACACAAUCAUACUGUAACCUAAUAUUUGUCUAAGGGGAUUUUGUUUGCAGAGGUGAGAUUAACAUGGAGCUUCAUAGGAUGCCACUUCCUUACUGGACCCUAUUGCUCUAGAGUGUGAAAUGAGCUGAUACAGACUUUCUUGCCUUUACUAGUCCUUGGAUUUGGAUCACCCUUUUCUCCACAUACAAUUUUUGUUGUUGCUGAUGUUAUUCCUGAUUUUCUUGUUUUGGAGUCUAACAAUGUUUCUACAUUUAGGUGAUGACAUGAAUUAUGGUGGAAUCUUCUGAUUGGCCAGAGAGCAAUUGAAGUGUACCAUUAUCAUUGAUCUUAUACUUACAGAUUACUACGCUGUUACAUGAUCAGUUGUAAGAAAACAAGUGUGACUUGAUUAUUGUGUAUUUGUUGAAAAGGUCCACUUAAAAAGACCCUCUUUGUCCACUCUUGAGCUCCAUGAAAAAUGUUUUUUUUUUGUUUGUUUUAUCCAAUACUAAAAUAUUCUCAUAUGCAGCCUAUUGAAAUGUCUUGAGUCUACAGUGUCAAACUGCUUGUGACAGAAGGAAAGAAAAAACAACAGAGCUGUCAAGCAGGGCUGGUUUCAAUUGGGUUUUUUCAGCAUGUGUUUUAAAACUGCCAUUCUAGCCAAAUGUAAACGGCAGUCCAUUUUUAGUGCUCAUUGUGAAUUAUCUUCAGAAGUCACAUACCAAUUAACUUGAGUAAAUAAAUACUAGGGAAAAAAGAGGAUGGAAGUGAAACACAAGUCAAAAUAAUAUUUUCAAUGGUUGUGUUUAAAGUGUAUUGAUCAUGGAAACAUAAUGAGAUGUUUAAACCGUACACAUUAAAAAGACAGAGAUUAUUUGAA